CUGUUGGGAUCGCGUACUCGGUACUCGGAACUAGACACUACAGAGAGAGUACCCAGUAGCCAUGACAAGGCCCCAAGACAUCCCCUUGCCUCGGUACGACUUCUACCAGUCCCCCGUCGACCUCACAGUCAGCCUGUACAUCAAGGGCUACGGCGCGUCGCCAGCACGCGAGCAGGUCAAGGUACACUACUUCACCAACCGCGUCGAGGUGGUCCUCCCACCUCUCAACGGCGAGGACGCGGGCAAGCGGUUCGAGCUCGGCCCGCUCGUCGGCUCGAUCGUGCCCGGCGAGUGCUCGGAGCGCGUGCUCGGCACCAAGAUCGAGCUCAAGCUCACAAAGGACGAGCCAGGAGGCUGGACCGACGUCGUUGGCACCGGGUCAGUAGCGCCGGCCAGCAUCUCGGCACCGCCUGCCCCAUCGGCGCCUGCACCAAAGCCUGCGCGGAAGAACUGGGACAAGUUUGUCGACGACGAUGACGAUGACAAGGAAGGAGGGGACAAGGACCCGAACGCCGGAGGCGACGCGGCUCUCCAGAAGCUCUUUGCAGGCAUCUACGCCAACGCCGACCCCGACACGCGCAAGGCAAUGAUCAAGAGCUAUACCGAGAGCGGAGGCACGAGCCUGUCGACCGACUGGUCGCAGGUGGGGACUGGCGCGGUCCCCGUGCGUCCCCCUGAUGGCAUGGAGGCGCGCAAGUACUAGCCGUAGCCGACCACAGGCAGGAAAGACGCCAACGAAACUAAUUUGGUCGUGUGAGUAGCCGGGAGAUGCCACUGUACAU